AUGGGCAGGGGCGCUGGCGUAGCUGGGUCUCCAGGCUCUGUGCAUUUCGCCUUCGGAGCUAAUGACCUCCUGAGGUGGACAGAACAGUUUGCAUCUAUUCGAGUUACUGUUGCAGAGUUUGGAAAGACAAUUCUGGAUCAAUUUACUUUUUAUGAUGCUGUAAUAGAGGCUUCUUCCAGCCAUCCUGAUGGCCUAGCAGCAGACACUUGCAAUAAUAGAUUUAUUACAUCCUUAGCCACACGUUUUGCCCAAGAAACAUUUGGAAAACAGUACAAACAAACCAUAGGACUGGACUUCUUCUUGAAAAGGAUAAUAUUGCCAGGAAAUUUGAAUGUUACUCUUCAAGUGUGGGAUGUAGGGGGGCAAACAAUAGGAGGCAAAAUGCUGGAUAAAUAUAUAUAUGGAGCUCAGGGUAUUCUCUUGGUUUAUGAUAUUACCAAUGGCCAGAGUUUUGAAAAUUUAGAAGACUGGUAUAAUGUGGUAAAAAAAGUGAAUGAAGAAUCAGAAACACAGCCACUUGUGGCCUUGGUUGGAAAUAAAAUUGAUUUGGAGCACAUGCGCACAGUGAAAGUUGACAAACAUCAGCGAUUUUGUCAGGAAAACAAUUUCAGUAGCCAUUUCGUGUCGGCCAAGACAGGAGAUUCUGUCUUCCUGUGUUUUCAGAGAAUUGCUGCUGACAUACUUGGCAUCAAAUUAAACAAAGCAGAAUUGGAACAAUCACAGAGGGUGGUGAAGGCAGAUAUUGUCAACUACAGUCAGGAGCCUGUGGCAAGAACCGUUAAUCCUCCUAGAAGCUCCAUGUGUGCCGUUCAAUGACCAUGCUAUUCUCCUCUGUUUUGAUACCUUUGGCGGUCCUCCUACCUUGACACAGGCUUUGGGAUUACCAGGAGCUUUAAUAGUGACCAUCACAACAAUGCAAUUAGAGAUUUCAAAAAUAUGUUGCACCACUGUACGUUGAGAAGCAGCAGGCAGUUUUCUGACUGACUGAAAUUCAAACAGGAAACCACACAUUUUGGAAAAAUUAAGAUCUAUAUUCUUUUAAAUUAUAUGUAAAUAAAGCAGUAUAACUGUGUUUAUAUGUUUCCUCCUAUCUGUUUGUCUGAUACUGGAAUAAAAAUGGAUGAAGAAGUCCUGCAUUCAGAAUACUUUUAAAAACAUAACCGUGGAAUGGUAUUUUGCCAAAGCAUUUUUGAAAUUUUUCUCUCUUUUUUUUGUCCUGUGAUCUGAAAUAACACUCAGCAAAAUGUUACUUGGAAAAGCUAUUGCUGGAAUAAUUUUAAACACAUAAUAUAUUUUAUCUAGGGAUAAUUUGGAAAAUAUUCCCUUAAAAAAUAUAUAUAUACACGCACACACAUGGUACAGAAUGUCCAAAUUGUAUCUAGUAAGAAACAGUGCUUGAAAUAAAGCUGUAAUAUAAAAAUAGUUACUUUUAUGAAGUUUCAAGCUGUCUCCAUUGAUGUUUUGAAAAAUGCUAGUGUUCUUGUGUAUUUUGAUUACCUCAUCAGCAUUACUUCUUGCAGUCGUAGAUAUGUUCAUAUGUCUUUAUGAAUAUGGAUGAACCUCAGUCAACAGUUUGGGCUGUAAAUGUUGAGUGAUACAUUCAGCAUGCAUUAGAAACUGUUGAUAGAUCAAUUAGGAUCAGUCGUUUUUAAUAACCAACUGAAUGACUUUUGGCCUGGUACUCUUUUCUUUUUAGUUCAGAGUAAACGACAAAUAAAAAAGCUGUCUGCUCUCCGAUUAUCACAUUUCUCCUCUGCUCCUUUUCUAGCAGUCUCCUUUAGACAACCAGUUCUCUACUGGCACACCUGAAUAUAAAGCUAAGGAGAGAAAAAAAAAUAAGCCAACUUAUUUCUAAACUAUAAAUAUUUACCUGUUUUAACUCCAGAAUGUGUUUUCUUAUGAAGUACAACAAAACAUGUGGAAAUUUAGAAAAUUAGUGAGGCUGAGUGAAGGAAGCUUGUAUAUCACAAGUGAAAAUGUCAAGGUCCUUCAAGUAAGUGUUCCUAUUAAGUUGUUUAAGCAAGUCCUUAGUAGUUGGAACUAUUCAACUAUUAGUAAUUUCAUAAAAUAAUUAAACUAUUUUAAUCAUCGUUAAAGAAUAAGAUUGCAAAUGGCAAAAAUAUGCUACUUGUUAUUAUUUUGGCAUAUUCCGAGUUAAUUGAAAAGCUAAGUUAAUUUUUAAACCAUUCAGCAUGCAGCUUGACACAUAGUUUUAUAACUACAUGAUAAUGACUUAGUGUUGUAAUAUUUUAUCAUUCAAAUGUGGGAAAUUCUAAGAAACAAGCUGAGAUAUUGAGAAAUUAUUCUACACUAAGGUAGGUGUUUUAAUUUGCAGUAAAUUAUUUGUUUUAGGAUUACAGUCUAUGUUCUUGCUCCUGUCCCAUGGAGUUUGUGCCCCAUUGCAUAGCUUUACCUUAUAGUUAAAUUCAACUGAAAGGUGAACUGUCUUCCACCAGAUGGGAAAUUCUCUUCAAAGUUUUUCUGAAGUAGCCAAUAUGUUUACAAGUUUAUGCCCUCCAAAGCAUGUGUAUUUUUUUGAAUCCUCAGAUUUCUUGGUAUGUUUGUGCCCUGAACUCGGCCCAUACAUUAAAAUAUUCAUGAGAACUGCCCCCUCUGAGGAGCUGAGCACAACCUGGCUCAGCUAGAUGACUAGAGCCAUCUUUCUCUAGUGCAUGUGAGUCAACUUCAUAGUCCUGCUUCCCAAGUAAUAUGUAACAUGGUCUUAAAAACCAAACAGUGUUUUUCCCUUAAAAAUUUCUGUAAUCUUCCUUUUCAGAAGAAAAUGCUUUUUCAUAACUUGAUAUGCAAAGCCUAUUAUUGCCCUGAAUAAUAAAAAACUUUUGCUUUUACAUUUGGAGUAAUCCUGCAGUAUGAAGGUUGAUCAGCGUACCAGUACAAUGGAUUUUAAAUGGAUUUUAUGUCUUUGUCUCAUCACGGUCUUUUAUUCUCAGUGCCUGUUUUUCUAGCUGUCUCUGACUUGUACAUCCUUUUGUGUUUUCUUUGAUCUUUUCACCAUAUUCUGUGUUAAAGCCCUACCUCCUCUGAAGAUAUUUUUGUUUACAUUUCCAAGCUGCUCUCAUUCUUCCUUUCUAACAUACAUGUAUAUUAUUUAUGCUAACUAGAAAUCUCUUGUCUUCGGUGCCCCCAGCCCCUCCUUUUGCUGCCCCUCUUAACCUCCUCAGGUUUUCUGUAUUGUAUACUGACUUCCACUCUCCCUGCCUUUCCUUACCCUUCCUGCUCCAUUUAGAUCCAUUACCUGUCCACAUUUUAAUCCUUACAAAUGAGCUUUGCUCUUUUUGCUCAGCCCUGGGGACCCCACCUUGAGCCUUUGGAUUCCAGCUGCAGUCUAAAUCCUUAGCUGUGGUAGCUGCCUUUGAAGUGCUGCAGCAGCUGUGGCUGAAGAUUCAGGGGUGCCUUUGCCAUCGCUAUGGCCCAGGUUCCACCAGGCUGAGCAGGAAAGUCAGAGAUAAUUCUGAAGGAUUAAGCAACAUGGAGAGAGGGAGUAGAUGCUGUUCUGCAAGGAAAGUAAGGGAUCUCUGGAGGGACAGAAAUUUAGAGGUGAGUGUAGGGGGAGGCAGGCGAGCUGCUGCCCUGUGCCUGGUCUCCAAGUAAUGUCCCACUACUGAUCCACAGGAUUCACAUAUGGUGGAGUUUAAGCAUGUGCCAUAUUAAUGCACUUAGAAGUCUUUUGCAAGGUGAGAACUGGUUGAAAGCAAUUCAACAAACGGUAAUGAGGUUAAUGCAAUGCUUUCCAAAAGUGAGGCGACAUAUGCUUAAUGUCUGUUGACAUGGGGAGUGGAUUGGGGUGGGGGGGAAGCAUGUUUUUUCCUGAAGCUGAGGCCAGAUGAAGGGAAGAAAUGUGUUCAGGCCCUGAUCUUACACAGAUCCACACUGGUGAAGUGAUCUGCCUGCUCAGAGUUAUUGUAACUAAUCAUUUCAGUAACAGUUCUGCAGCUAAAAAUUGUUUCUAAGUUCAGUUCCUCCCUAGCGUCAGUGCUGUGUGAUGUGGAUACUAACAGGUACAUUGUGUCUGGCUGUAUGUUAGAGUACUAGUGCUUUUAAAAUGUAUUUAGAACACUGACUUAUCCAACUUCUUAUCUUCAGUGGUUCUAAAUUUGGUGUGACCAAAUUGAGUCUCUUUCACAGACAGCAAUGUGAAGGUAUUUUCCUUUACGACCAGCUGCUGUGAGGCCCAGAACCGGUGAUGAGUUCAUGCUCUGCUCUCUGAAUACAUUGUUCUUUUGACAGUUCAUAAAAGUUAUGAAAACACACGAGGCUUCUUUUUAAUUGUUUUUUAAAAGUUUGGAUUUUAAAAUAAUAACUUCAGUGUUUUAAAGGACACAUGCAAGGUCGCUAGAAAAAUUAUGUGAAGUGUGCUCUUCUGAGGAAUUUGAAAAUUGUCAGUACUAUCUGUCUGCAACAUUAGGCAUCUACUUACCAGAAAAACGUUUUUGAUAAAGCACUGUUUGGGUUUCACUGGAACUAAAGGGCUUUUGGAUCAGGUGGCUUCUUUUAAAUGCAGAGCUAAUUUCCUUGUCAGAGUAAGCACUGGUAAAUGCACCUGAUAAUGAACCCAGUAGCCAAAGUUUUAUAAUAAUUUUAUAAUGAAAAAUAUCAUAGUAAUAGUUAAAGUUGGCUAUUCUUUUGCUUUUUGAUGAUGAUGGCAAUUUAAAUGAGUUGAAAUAUUUUUCUCUUUUUACGUUAGAAAUAUGGUUGCUUUUUCACAAAAGGUUUGUAAUCUUUGUUUCAUGAUCAUAACCUUUUCCUACAAGUUGUAGUAAAGAGUAUGGUUUAGAAGAUGUUCUUAUUUCAUGUGUUGAUCUGAGACCAAAGAUUUAGAUGUUGCAGGGAAGAGCAAGUGGUGCUGAAGCCUUGUCGCUGUGUAUCUGGGCCAUGCUUGGACCAUUGCUUUGAGCUGGCCCAGCAGCUGUAGCUGGCUGAGCUAAACAAAAUCCCCCAUAACUCAUCAUC